AUAUUUUACACAAAGAGGAUAUUUUUCAACUGGACGGAGAUAUGAGAAAAGAAACAGAAGAAAAAACUAAAACGCAAGGUUUCCAACAAGAACCUAAAAAAGAGGAAGCGGAUAUUUACCUCGAAGGAGAAAAAAUUCCUUUGGCUAAUCUCCACCCCCCCGAAAUUGAAACAGAGGAAAAUAAUUUUACUUUGUUAAACAUGCCACCCGGCCAUCCUGCCCGAGCCAUGCAAGAUACUUUCUACCUUAACCACAAUUUACUUUUACGAACACACACCACAACUAUUCAGCCUUGA